UCAUUGCUGUUCCUAUUCAGAAAGACACUAAAAUCUUGUUCUUAACACACCCUCAUGUAUAACAACAGUUCCAGGCUUAUUUCAAACACACAAAUGUCUGUUGUUUUUGCCAGAGCUGCGACUGAAUCCAGAGGAGCUAAAAAGUCUCUACGAGUUUGAAGAACAAUGUGUGGAGGAAUAUUUCAGAGGGAAAGAAGACGAGCAGCAGUCCUCAAGUGACGAACGCAUCAAAGUCACCUCAGAAAGGUGGGCCGUAUUUUCACUGUUGUUCCCUUCCCUGUAAAUAACUGUUCACAAAUGUCUAAUGAUUAAAAAAAAAAUCAACAUUUCUUUCAAUCAGAGUUGAGAAUAUGUCCAUGCGUCUGGAGGAGGUGAAUGAGAGAGAGAACACGAUGAAAGCCUCUCUACAGACGGUGGAUCUACGUCUGGCUCAGCUGGAGGAGAUACAUGGACGAAUGGCUGUGGCUCUGGAAAAACUUGCUGGUGUGGACAGGUUGGAGUUAACGCGGACUUACUCACGAAACUCCUCUGUAUGUGACCCGUCCUCACUCCUCCGUCAGGGCAGUAUUAACAGUGCAGACGGUUACAGUCUUUACCGUUUCCACAUGGACAUGGAAGAGUUCGCACAGAAGCAAAGGGACCCGGACGACACGACCAAAACAGGUGCGGAGACCCGUAGGAGUAUUAAAGAAGCCUCCAGUGGCCAGCUCAGCACAAAGGAUGGUGGUCAGAAGCUGGAGGUUGCAGGUUUGGAGCGGUCUCGACCCGGCUCUCGUGUGGACAUUCUCAUAUCUCCAUGCGAACAAAAGCCCGAAUCUGUGGCAUCAAGCCAUACAACCCUAGUCAACAUAAAACAGGGCAGUUCUUUUCGACUGGAUCGACUCACAGACCAAAACAGACUCAAACCUUCCUCUCCUCCAAAGAGAACCAAAUCCUUGAAAUACUACCCUGCUGACGACCAACCCACAUCUCCACUGACAAAGAGGAGGUCAAUGAGUACCGUCAUCAUCAGCCCUCCAGAUGAACCAGAGCAAACGGCUGAACCAACCACAAAACUCCAAGCCCUGCUGUGGAGUUCAUCAACUCCAAAGAGAACCGAAUCUUUAAAUUAUGUUCCCAGUGAAACCCAAAGUCAAACUUCACCUUUCACCAAAAAAAGGGCGAUGAGUGGCAUCGUCUACAGCCCAGCAGAGGCAGGUGAUGACGGACAGCAGACCGCAGACUACAGAGCUCUGUUGGACGAAGUAGCCAAAAUGCCAAAUCAGUGGCCAGGAAACCUGGAGUAUCAAGUACACCCAAGCACUUUGGGUCAUAUGCCUAAAGUAUCUACAGUCCGGACUCUUGCCCAGCAGUUUCAGAAGCAGGACGCACCUACAGAAGCUAAAAAAGAGGAGAAUCAAGUUCAUCAGAUUCCUUUAGAAAGCGAUGGAACUCUUGUAGCAGAUGUAGAGUCCGCCACAGACUUUAAGAAGAUAAAGGCCAAAAGAAUCCUGUCAGACACCACGGACUACCUGAGUGUGGCUGACGACAGAUAUCUGUCCCCUCACAGGUCACACAGCUGGAAUGCCAGUGUAAGGAAGACAAAGUCCAUGUUGGUUAGCAAAGAGCGCAGGGUGUCGUGCAGUGAGAGAGACCUUGGUGAGGUCUGUAAGGUGGGGGCCGAGGCAGUGGUACAGAAGAUGGAGGCAGAGAAAGGAGAUAAUGAUGCACAGGAUAGAGAAAAUUAAAGAGAAACAAACACAACAAUAACUGAUGUUAUAACUUAAGACUUUCGGCUAUAGAACCACGUGUUUAACCCAAGGAUGAAAAAUGUCUUUUACAUCACAUUUGUCACAAUUAAAACCUUGUUUUUAGCUUUUUUCUGUUACCCCAUAAAGUGAAUUCUACAGAAAAGGAAGAGUAAAGCGAGAUAGGUAUGUUAACAGAGAUGGAAAGUCAUGGGUUUGGAAAUACAUUGGCAAAGACAAGGUUGAGGUGUUGAUAAAAAACCAGUGGAAAACUGGAUGAAUGUUGGAGAAGCAGCUACCAGACAAAAGAAGAGAAAAAUUUGGAGAGAAGAAACAACAGUUAGUAUAGAACAGUGUUUCCCCUUUUUUAUGCCAUGGCUCAUAUUUUACACUAGAAAAAGACCACAGCGCACCAGCAUACCAAAAUGCCCUCCCCCCCGACCCCCCCAAUAAAAAGUACAUGUAAUGAAAUGUAACGAUCUUAAAGUAUCGGUUUAUACACACUUAACUUGGGCAGUGUGAAAAUGGGCCCGUUUAGUUGAACACAAUGCUUGUAUACUCACAAAAAUU